UUGAUACGCCCCGCUGUCCGUCGUCCGGCCCUUCCCACCGCAGGGCUUCCUGGGAGUCGUAGUUCCAAGGUCUGGAAGCUCCCGCAGCAGCAGCGGCGCGCUCCCAGUCGCGGAACUACAGACGGUGGUGCGCAGAUCGCCAGGCUCUUCCGUCUCGCCUUUUCCUUCCCGCCUGCGCGCCCGCCCCAGAUAUCAUGGCGGCUCCCUUGGCCCUGGUGCUGGUGGUGGCCGUGACUGUGCGGGCGGCCUUGUUCCGCUCCAGUCUGGCCGAGUUCAUUUCCGAGCGGGUGGAGGUGGUAUCCCCACUGAGCUCUUGGAAGAGAGUGGUCGAAGGCCUCUCACUGUUAGACUUGGGAGUAUCUCCGUAUUCUGGAGCAAUAUUUCAUGAAACUCCAUUAAUAAUAUACCUCUUUCAUUUCCUAAUUGACUAUGCUGAAUUGGUAUUUAUGAUAACUGAUGCACUCACUGCUGUUGCCCUGUAUUUUGCAAUCCAGGACUUCAAUAAAGUUGUGUUUAAAAAGCAGAAACUCCUCUUAGAACUGGACCAGUAUGCCCCAGAUGUGGCUGAACUCAUCCGAACCCCUAUGGAAAUGCGUUAUAUCCCUCUGAAAGUGGCCCUGUUCUAUCUCUUAAAUCCCUACACGAUCUUGUCUUGUGUUGCCAAGUCUACCUGCGCCAUCAACAACACCCUCAUUGCUUUCUUCAUUUUGACCACGAUAAAAGGCAGUGCUUUCCUCAGUGCUAUUUUUCUUGCCUUAGCAACAUACCAGUCUCUGUACCCAAUCACCUUGUUUGUCCCAGGACUCCUCUAUCUCCUCCAGCGGCAGUACAUACCUGUGAAAGUGAAGAGCAAAGCCUUCUGGAUCUUCUCUUGGGAGUAUGCCAUGAUGUAUGUGGGAAGCCUAGUGGUAAUCGUUUGCCUCUCCUUCUUCCUUCUCAGCUCCUGGGAUUUCAUCCCUGCGGUCUAUGGCUUCAUACUUUCUGUUCCAGAUCUCACUCCAAACAUUGGUCUUUUCUGGUACUUCUUUGCAGAGAUGUUUGAGCACUUCAGCCUCUUCUUUGUCUGCGUGUUUCAGAUCAACGUCUUCUUCUACACUGUCCCCUUAGCCAUCAAGCUAAAGGAGCACCCUAUCUUCUUCAUGUUUAUCCAGAUUGCCAUCAUCUCCAUCUUCAAGUCCUACCCAACUGUGGGGGACGUGGCACUCUACAUGGCCUUCUUUCCUGUGUGGAACCACCUUUACAGAUUCCUGCGGAAUAUUUUCGUGCUUGCCUGCAUCAUUAUCGUCUGUUCCCUGCUCUUCCCUGUCCUGUGGCACCUCUGGAUUUAUGCAGGAAGUGCCAACUCUAAUUUCUUUUAUGCGAUCACACUGACCUUCAACGUUGGUCAGAUCCUGCUCAUUUCUGAUUACUUCUAUGCCUUCCUACGGCGGGAGUACUACCUCACACACGGUCUCUACUUGACGGCCAAGGACGGCACAGAGGCCAUGCUUGUGCUCAAGUAGGCCUGGUGGGGCUCAAUGCUGCACAGAGACUUCAACAAGCAAGGGCCAGAAGCUGGGCCAGGCUCCAUAUCCAGAAGUGCCAGCAGGCAAGUCCUCUAGCAAAAGAGGUUCGAGUCCAGGGACCCAAAUCACUGGCAUCAAAGAGGGCCCAUGGCUGGCAGCAAGGCCUGUGGGGAACAGCUGGAAGUACCCGCACUUGGACCCCUACUUUGUGGCCCUUCACCCCAAGGAGUCCCCUCCCAGGCAGGAAGGGGGAAAAAGGUGAGCAGUGCUUGAUAGGUUGUGGCUACUUAAUAAAUAAAAUGUUUUGUUAUAAAGAUA